CUGUUCCAGUGAGUCAGUCGAGUCCCAGGCAUUGCGCUGACAACACCCGCUGGAUCGCGCAUGAAGCCAACGUCGGUGGACUAAAAACGACGCGUUUCUGAAUAAUAAAUCAACCAUGGACGACACGUGCGUCGCGCCGAAAUCCAACUCGCUCCACUUCAAUCAUUUCAGACCUGCUGAGGACGAGAGGCAGACAGACGAAAUCAAAGAAACAAGCGGGAGCGAUAGUCCGACGUUUUUAAACCAGUCUGGCCAUGGAAUGUUUGGGACAAGUGAGGACAGGCAGCUGUCUUGUUCAAAUGAGAUAUCCGCCCCUUACGAAGUCCCGCAGUUCCCUAUUGAACAGAUCGAGAGCAAGCUUGCUCGCCAAAGAGAACUUACCUCCAGAGUUACGAAAGAUUUCGUAGGAAAGCGAAGCAAUUAUGAGCCAUCGGUUGUCGGCUCGGUUACUGAUGCAGAGGGAGACAAAGCCUUCAACAUCGACGAACAUGAUUUCGUUCCCCACUUCCAAAGGGUUUCCAUCAGUGGAGAAGACACAAGUGGAGUGCCGUUGGAUGAUUUGCACCGUGCUUCCAAGAUGUUAAUCGAAGCCUUGUACAUAAGAGAACGCUACAUGGCAAUGUCUUUCCAGUCGUUUCCACUCUUAACAUCUCGCUUUCUCAGAACGAUUGACAAAAAGGCUCCAAACACUUGCUAUACACAUGAAGACAAAAAAACAAUUGCAGAUCAUCCAGUUCAUGCCCCGCAAAGUGUCGGAGAUCCGUGGGAAUGCGAUUUCCCCCCAGCAACUAAUUAUAUAAUUAAACCUAAAUCGGGUGUAUUUCAAGUUUACAAAGACCAGGAAUCUUUAGAAAAGGGCGAAGCCUUAGACUACAAAUAUCCAAAUUUAGCUACAUUUGUGACUGACAUGAACAAGCUUUGUGUCAUGAUUGCUGAUGGACCACUAAAAUCAUUUUGCUAUAGACGGUUGAGCUAUUUGUCUUCCAAGUUUCAGCUACAUGUACUUUUGAAUGAACUUCGUGAGCUUGCAUCACAAAAAGCUGUACCUCAUCGAGAUUUUUAUAAUAUAAGAAAGGUGGAUACCCAUAUACAUGCAGCGUCUUGCAUGAAUCAGAAACAUUUACUGCGGUUCAUCAAGAAAACUCUGAAAAACCAUUUGGAUGAAGUGGUUACGCAAACAAAAGAUGAGAAAAUGACGCUGAAAGAAGUUUUCCAAUCGAUGAAUUUGACAUCAUAUGACCUGACUGUAGACAUGCUAGACGUACACGCAGACAGAAAUACCUUUCAUCGUUUUGACAAAUUCAACGCCAAAUACAAUCCAAUAGGCGAGAGUCGUUUACGAGAGGUGUUCCUUAAAACUGACAAUUAUCUAAACGGAAAGUAUUUUGCAAGGAUAAUUAAAGAGGUCGCUUCAGAUUUGGAGGAAAGCAAAUAUCAAAAUGCAGAACUUCGUUUAUCUAUCUAUGGGAAGAACAUAAACGAAUGGGACAAAUUAGCUACUUGGGCCAUUACAUAUAAUGUAUACAGCGAUAACGUUAGAUGGUUAAUUCAAAUUCCACGUUUGUUCGAUAUCUUUAAAUCAAACAAGUUAAUGACAAAUUUUCAAGAAUUUCUCGAUAACAUAUUCAAACCGUUGUUUGAAGUGACAAACGACCCUCACAGUCAUCCUAAUCUGCACAGGUUUUUGCAAUAUGUUAUUGGUUUUGAUUCUGUCGAUGAUGAAAGCAAACCAGAAAAUCCGCUUUUUGAUAAAGAUGUCUCAACUCCAGAACAAUGGAGUGACAUUGAGAAUCCUCCGUAUGGCUAUUACCAGUACUACACAUUUGCAAACCUGACAGUUCUAAAUAACUUCAGAAAGGAAAAAGGUUUGAACACUUUUGUCCUACGGCCACAUUGUGGAGAAGCAGGCCCAAUCCAGCAUUUAGUAUGCGGUUUUAUGAUGGCAGAAAAUAUAUCUCAUGGACUUCUCCUGAGAAAGGUCCCUGUCUUACAAUACCUAUACUAUCUUGCACAAAUUGGAAUUGCAAUGUCUCCACUGAGCAACAAUUCACUAUUCCUUAACUAUCAUAGGAAUCCAUUGCCUGAGUAUUUGGCUCGUGGCCUCUGCGUUUCUUUAAGUACUGACGAUCCAUUACAGUUUCAUUUCACUAAGGAGCCUUUGAUGGAAGAAUACAGUAUUGCUGCACAAGUUUGGAAAUUGAGCUCGUGCGAUAUGAGUGAACUAGCCCGUAACAGUGUACUAAUGAGUGGAUUUCCCCAUGAGAUGAAGCAGUAUUGGUUGGGGCCAAACUACACGAAAGAAGGAAUCGCUGGAAAUGACAUAACUCGAACCAAUGUACCAGACAUUAGAGUAGCCUACAGGACUGAAUCUUUGAUUGACGAACUUUCAAAUAUUUUUAAGUUUUAAAGAAACAAAUUAAUGUGAUGAGUAGAUAGGAAACCAAUAUUCAAAUCAAUAUUUGAGUGAACUACAUUUGCUGAUAUUGUGAAAAGGGAAAAAAAUAGUUUAGACGUAUUUUCUUAACCUUUACAACCUUUAGAAAUUCACACAGUUACUUCCCCCAUUUAAAAAUAAUGGAAUUGAUAACCAAUAUACCUUUUAUGGCAUUACUCUUUUUCAUGAUUACAUAUAUUUUGUAUUUUGUCGGAUUUAAUAAGUUAUGUUUUCAAUUUUAUCAAUUUUUACAAUUUAUGUUGUGAAGCUUUGAUAUGUGAGAGAAAUAUUUUUAUAUCCUUUUAUGAUCUUUUCAUGUUUUUUUUUAUUUUAUGAUUUUAUUGGACACAAUUUAUAUUAC